UUUUUUUUCUGGGAAGGUGUUCAAUUCCAGCCCUGUAUGAUGGGGAUCAGGGUAUAUCUUAAGGUCAUUCUAGGGAAAUAAGAAAUCAUCAUGCUAUUACUUCACUGGCUGGGCAAUUCCUCAUCUCAUUUCUGAGUAAGGGAGAAGUUCUCACUUGACCGCUGCUGCCCUACGCCUCGUGUCAGACCCACUCCGGGGCGGUUGGGCCAAUCGCCCGAUGGCACCAAGAAACCCCCACCGAUUAUCAGUCUGCCUGAGGAUCCUCAGGUUAAAUCUCCCUGUUCCUUCUUUUCUUCUUCUUCUCCUUCGAAUUCCCUUGUCCAUCUUUCGUUCUCCUCCUAACUUUCAGUCUUCCAGUAGACGAUAAGCUUACUUUUCUUCACGAUAUUGUGGAUUGAAGAGGGGGUUUGUUUGUGUUUAGUUAGUCGCCGAACGCGCACUGACAGUUUCUCCACACAAGUCACUUUUCCUUGGCGAGGGGGGAGUCUUAGUACUCGGUCAUUCGUACUCUGUCUCUUGAGACAGUCACAAACAUCAUCACAAUUAUCGGCCACAUUCCAAUCCUAAUUGAUGUACUACCCACAUCACAAUUACCCUCCCCCGCAAUCGGGUUGGUCGGGCUAUUAUCCACCGCCGCAGCAGCAGUGGUCACCAGCACCACCGCCGCCGCCGCAACAGCCUUACUAUUCCAAUCCAUACCCUCCACCAUAUCCCCCAACCUCGCAACCACGCCAGUCAUAUUCCCCACCACAUUAUCCGCCUCCCGCCCCAUAUGGCCACCAUACUCCGACACCGCCUCCAUCCUCGGGGUCGCAACAUCGCUCUUAUCACAAUCAUUCGCCGUCAUGGGGCCAGCUUCCCCCGCGGCCUCCAAUGGAGGCCCAACAAUUCGGCAAGGGAGCCCCGUCAAAUUAUCGCUUCCAGUACUCCGCUUGUACGGGACGCCGGAAGGCUCUCUUGAUUGGUAUUAACUACAUCGGGCAACCGAAUGCCCUCCGUGGGUGUAUCAACGAUGUGACAAACAUGUCAACAUUCCUCCACGAGAAGUACGGUUACCGGAGAGAAGACAUGGUCAUCCUGACCGACGACCAACAAAACCCAAUGAGUGUGCCGAACAAAGUCAACAUCCUUCGUGCGAUGCAGUGGUUGGUCAAAGACGCGCAGCCAAACGAUUCCCUUUUCGUCCAUUUCUCAGGACACGGCGGUCGAACACCUGACCUCGAUGGAGACGAAGAGGAUGGAUACGACGAUGUCAUCUAUCCGGUAGAUUACCGUGUUGCAGGCCACAUUGUAGAUGAUGAUAUGCAUGCGAUUAUGGUACGCCCGCUACAGCCGGGUGUUCGUCUGACCGCAAUCUUCGAUUCCUGCCACUCAGGGACUGCGCUUGACCUUCCUUACGUAUACUCCACUCAGGGUAUCUUGAAAGAACCCAAUCUCGCCAAAGAGGCGGCGAUGGACCUUUUCAGCGCAAUAACAUCGUAUGGAAAAGGUGACUUGGCUAGUGUAGCCCAAACCGCAAUCGGCUUCUUUAAGAAAGCCGCUCUCGGCGACUCCGCACGUGAACGUACGGUCCGAACAAAGACUUCGCCGGCGGAUGUUGUCAUGUUUUCAGGCUCCAAGGAUACCCAGACCUCCGCGGAUACAUUCCAGGAUGGAGAGGCUCGAGGCGCGUUGAGCUGGGCUUUCAUUAAGACUUUACAGCAACGACCGAACCAGAGCUAUCUACAGUUACUAAACUCGAUCCGGUCCGAAUUAGAAGGGAAAUACAGUCAGAAGCCGCAGCUGAGCUGCAGCCACCCUCUAGAUGUGAACUUGCUUUUCGUGAUGUGAUAUGUAUUGUAUGAGGCAUGAUGUAUGCGUAGCGAUGAUUUUCUUGCAUUGGCAUUUGUUCGUUUACAUGACCGCACCGAGGUCAAUUGCAUUUCCAUCAGCCUCCAGGCAACAUUGAGGUUGAUUUUCCCUUUUUAUCUCUCUUUCCUUUUGGAUAGGCAGCAGCGCUGCAAUGUCGUUAAUGAUUCUCCAAUGAACCGACAUGCACAAUGAUUCGUAUUCACCUAGACAGUUAGUCAUUCAUUCUCGCAGAGUACGGAAUCGAAAAUAAUCUUUUUGGUCUUAGGGUGAAGUACUGUUCUGUCCUCAAAUAGCCAAAGUUGAGUUGGUCCCAAGCCCAGUCCUAUACUACCUUGGCAGUGGUGUCUUGAAUAUGAUACUUGUUAACGGUUUACUCGAUGCCCCUCCAUUAUUAUGGUCCAUUCGGCACUGUCGUCGUCCCAUUUCG